AUGGCUCGUGCAAUGAUGCAUCUUUGUGUUGCAUCUGUUAUGGUCUUGUUGGCCAUGGGGUUUACGGCAGAGGCAUCCAGAUAUCCACCCGGACUCGAUAAUCCAAGCCAAGCUACUUGCAAGAACAAGCAGUACAAGGAAUGUUACAACUUGCCUCAUGUUUGUCCUAAGUUUUGCGGCGACAGUGGUUGCCAUGUCAAUUGUGUUUCAUGUAAACCUGUUUGUGGCCCUGAUAACGGGUCAUCAUCUGAAUCUGGUACACCUCCUGUUGCUACACCACCUUCAGAGCCAACUCCAUCACCUCCGGUAUAUCCUACACCACCUAACGAGCCUACUCCAUCACCUCCGGUGUAUCCUACACCACCUUCCGAGCCAACUCCAUCACCUCCGGUGAAUCCUACACCACCUAACGAACCUACUCCCUCACCUCCAGUGUACCCUUCACCACCUACUGAGCCAACUCCUUCACCUCCCGUGUCUCCUACACCACCUUCCACUCCUACUCCUACCCCAACAACUCCAUCCGUUCCACCUAGUUCUGAGGUUUCAGCAAAGAGACGAUCUAGGUGCAGAAACCCAAAAUACGGGAAGUGUUACAAUGUUGAACAUGUUUGUCCUGCUGCCUGCCCAAUUGGAUGUGUAGUCGAUUGUGUCACCUGCAAACCCAUGUGCAGCUGUGAUCAACCAGGAGCUGUUUGCCAAGAUCCAAGAUUUAUAGGUGGUGAUGGGAUCACUUUCUACUUCCACGGGAAACAAAACCGCGACUUUUGUCUUCUCUCCGACUCAAACCUCCACAUAAAUGCCCACUUCAUUGGUAAAAGAAACAAAAACUUGAAGAGAGACUUCACUUGGGUUCAAGCCAUCGGUAUCCUCUUCGGUGACCACCAAAUCUAUGUUGGCGCUCGAAAGAUAGCUGUUUGGGAUGACAAUGUCGACCGUCUAGGACUCACUUUCGACGGACAACCCAUCUACUUGCCUGAAUCAGAAGGUGCACAAUGGCAAUCUGAAGUUGCACCAACUGUCACUGUAACAAGAUCAAGCACAACCAACAAAAUCAUUGUUGAAGUAGAAGGAAACUUCAAAAUAACUGCUAAUGUCGUACCUAUUACCGAAGAAGAAUCCACAGUUCACAACUACGGAAUAGCUAAAGAUAAUUGCUUUGCUCAUCUUGACCUCGGCUUCAAAUUUUAUUCACUUGGUGAGAACGUAAAUGGAGUUUUGGGACAGACUUAUGCUAACAACUACGUGAGUAAAGUAAACAUGGGAGCAUCAAUGUCUGUCAUUGGUGGAGAAGAUAAGUUUAUCACUUCAAAUGUUUUCGCAAAGGAUUGUGCUGUUGCUAGAUUCACCGGGUCUGCCUCUUCUAGCAGUGGAUCUUCUUCAGAGUAUGCUAGCCUAACUUGUGGCAGUGGAAUUAAUGGACGUGGUGUUGUCUGCAAGAAAUAG